UGGACGACGAAAAGCGACAACAAGAUGACUGGGCAAGGAGCCGCAAGAACAGGCUACCCUCCUUCACAGAGGUCCUCUCCCGAAGAACAAGACCACCCGUUGAUCUUUUCAUGUUCUAGCUCUUCCUCCAGAGGGAAGGAGCAGAGGAUAUCCUCGACUUUUGGUUGGAUGUCCAGCAGCACGAGAAUCUGUGUCGGGCAUACUUCAAGGACGUUCGGAAGUCAGGGCGAACUAUCAAGGACGACUGGCCUCACUAUUGGGAUUACGCGAGGCGUAGAGGGUCCAUAUACGGAACGGUGGUUGGGCUGAACGAUGGAGGCGGAACGAAAAGGAGCACUGCGAGCACUGGUGAGCUUCUGACGGAGCAAGACAGGCGCAAUCUUGCCGCUGCAGGCGACGAGAAGGGUCAAGCACGCUCGACGAGCCCACGGCCACCGACGGACAACACACGCGUGGCAUCCGCCUCACCGGGCGAAGACCGUCCUCCUCGUUCCUCAACCCCCUUUUCCCUCUCUGGCCGCACCCCCACCCUCUUCAACAUGAAACGUGCUUCGCGAGCACCGACUAUCAUUCCUCGCUCAGCAGCCAUCACCCGCGUUGACCUCAUCGCUUCCGCUGAGCGCAUAUUUUACCGCUACUUAUCCCCCGCAGGUAACACUGUCAACUCUCCAGAGAACCAUGAGAUCUACCUUCCACCCGCUCUCCGCAUCCACAGCUUCCCCCUGAGCAGCCAGCGAGAACCGAAGUCCGAGACUGAGCUCGCUUUGAUGGCCCAAAUUCCUGAUAUUUUUCAUGCGCAAAAGGAAUAUUGCUUCCGAGCCAUGGAGCAAGACGCCUUCCCGCGCUUCCUGCGAUCCAAAGCCUUUGGCAAUUUGACCCCAAUCUCUGCGUUGGUCCGCCUCGUCCUUGGGCUUAUCAUACUUUGGAUCGGCCUGGCUGUGGGUUUCGCACUGAUAUUCCUCGAUGUGGAGCCGAAGUCGAAGAGAUUUUUCGUCUUCAUCCCCUUCUUCUUUGCAGUCCUUUUCCUCGUGUCACAUCAGUACGAGCUCGACCCCAUCCUCGUUUUCCUUGGCCAAUCAGAGACCACCCCUUUCCGCACACUCACCAUUCGCGAGCCCUAUGUCAGGAAACUGCUUAUGGGUCGCGCCAUCUGGGUCAGCGUCUUGGUCACGGCGUUCAUGACUGCAUUGACCCUGCUGUUCUGGGCCGUGCCCGGCCACCGCCUAUAGA